ACCCAGUCUACCUCCGUCUCACUCAAGCCAUACUUCAACAACAAGGCGUUCGGUCAGUUCCCAGGGGAGGCUACCUUCAAUGCAGCGAACGAGUCCUAUCCCGACCCCAGCGAACUAGGGAUCAACGGGAGCUACACCUCAUCGCAGACAGGCAUCACCUACUCUUUCCCCGGAUAUCGCCAGGCUGGUCUGCCCGACAAUGUCAUCUGCGCCGGCCAGUCUAUCGCAGUUCCCCAAGGUCGGUAUCUGUCUGCCUCGAUGCUCGUCUCGGCGGAUGUGGAGCUCGAAACCGUCUCCGGGGACGUGAUCUACACCUACAGCGACAACACCACUGUGGUGUCAGAGCUGCGUAGUCUCCCCUGGUGGGCCUUCUUGACGAUCAAUCGCGGCGAGAUCAUCUUCCCCUAUCGAUACACACCCAACGACACCAAUUUCAACACCUCACACAUCUUCGAGUACACCGCCGCGCUGGACCCGCUCAAGAGCCUGCAGUCUGUCACCCUGCCCCUGACGACCAAUGCCACCACGGGCCGACUGCACGUUUUUGCAAUGUCCUUGUGGCCAGUGACCUCGACGGCGGCUGCGCAGGUGCAGUUCGUGCGGCCCACCCAGAAAUGGACGGAGCAGGGCAGUCAGAUUGUCGAGCUGACGGUCAACAAUCCGGGCAAUGAAUGCAUCUCGGGCGCAGGACUGACAGCCACGCUUGAGAUGCCAGGCACUACGAUUGCUGAGCCCGGGCAUAUCAAGCGACUCUGCCCCGGUGAUCAGAAACGAGUCAACGUGGGCGUCCACGGCACCGCCAACGGCACGGCCACCAUCCGGAUCACUUACGAGGGUGAUAUCCUGACCACCAAGAUCGUCGAUCUCUCCCUCGGAUUAACCAACUACACCUCCGACCUGUCCAGCCUGGCCCGCCACGAGAGUCCCGAGUGGUUCGACGACGCCAAGUUCGGGGUCUUCAUCCAUUGGGGCCCGUACGCGGUGCCGGGCUGGGGCAACUCGACUCCGUGGGAGAGUUACGCCGAAUGGUUCUGGUGGUACACGACGCACCCAGCCGCCGACAAAUCCUCCACGCAAGCCUACCGGCUGCGCACCUUCGGCCGCGACUGGAACUACGACGACUCCUUCGCCAACUUCACCGCCACCAAUUUCUCCCCCAAAGCCUGGGUCGACCUGAUCGCCGCCUCCGGGGCGAGAUACUUCGUGCUGACGACCAAGCACCACGACGGCUUCGCCCUCUUCGACACCGGCAACACCACGCACCGCAACAGCCUGCACUACGGCCCGCACCGCGAUCUGGUCGGCGAGCUCUUCACAGCCGCCGCCACCCACCAGCCGCACCUCAAACGCGGCACCUACUUCUCCCUACCCGAGUGGUUCAAUCCGGACUUUGCGCCGUACGGCUUCGCCCAGCUGCCCGGGAACAGCUCGACGAGCUGGCCCGGCCUCCCGGCCGUGAACCCCUUCACGGGGGAGGUCGAGCCCUACACGGGACGGAUCCCGUUGCCCAACGAAGGCAACUUCAUCGACUCCCUCCUCCUCCCGCAGAUGCAGACCCUGGCCCACACCUACGGCACGGACAUCAUGUGGUGCGACUGCGGCGCCGCCAACGCGACCCCCGUCUUCGCCGCCGGCUUCUUCAACCAGGCCAAGCAGGUCGCCAUUAACUCCCGGUGCGGCAUUCCGCAGGCCGCCGACUUCGACACCCCGGAGUACGCGACCUUCAGCUCCGCCCAGCGCCGCAAGUGGGAGUCCAACAUGGGCAUGGACCCCUACAGCUACGGGUAUAACCGCGCCACCCCGCCGGACGGGUACAUGAAUGCGUCGACCAUCGUGCGCGACCUCGUCGAUAUCGUGAGUAAGAAUGGGAACUUCUUGUUGGAUGUCGGCCCCAGGGCGGACGGGACGAUUGUUGAGGCCGAGGAGCGGAAUCUCAGGGAGGCCGGGCGGUGGAUUGCCACGCAUGCGGAGGCGGUGUUUGCCACGAGGUAUUGGUUUGUCAUGGCGGAGGGGAAUGCCGGGGCCGUGAGGUUCACGCAGGCGGAGGACGCGUUUUAUGUGCUGUGGGUGGAGGAGCCGGUUUUGAGGGAGGGGAAGGUGGUGGUCGAGGCGCCGUUGCCUUUGUUGGGCGGGGAUCGGGUGGUGGUUUUGACGGGUGAUGACACGGCGGGGGAUUGGGAGGUGCAGUGGGAGAAGGUCGAGGGCGGGUUCAGGUUCGAUGUGCCGCUGGAGGCGUGGGAGGGGGAGCAUUAUUGCUGGGUGUUGAAGAUUGAGUAUCGCGCGUGA